AUGGGAGAUAAGGUGCGGUGUCCAAAAGAAAUAAGAUCGAACCCCAGCAGAAGAAACCCAGAUUUCUGGUGCAAGUUUCAUAAUGAACACGGUCAUAAAACAGCAGAUUGCAGAUUGCUACAAGAUGAAGUAGAGCACUUGUUAAAACAAGGUUAUUUAACCGAUUUGUUUAGUGAUAAGGGUAAGCAAGCAUAUAUGAAGAAUAGACAGGAGCCACCAAAACCUCCAUCACCGAAAAGAAUGGUUAACGUGAUAAGCGGAGGAGAGGGGGUCAACGGUGUGACAUAUACGGCUGCAAAAAAGGUGUCAAAAGUCACAGUUACCCACGGAAAGCGAGUUCGCCAAGUUUUGGAAGAAGACAGUAUAACAUUUGAUGAUAAAGAUGCAGAUGGUGUGAUAAUCCCACACAAUGAUGCACUGGUUAUUAAGUUCCCUUCGCAAUGGGGAAUUAGACAAAUCCGUGGUUAUCAACAGGCUUCCAGAAGUAUCAAUUCAGUGGCAAAUUCAAGCAUAAAAAACGAUGUUGCAAAUGAAAAAUAG